AGCUUCCAGUAAAUCCUUAACAGCCAUAAACUGCUGUCAGCUGUGGGAAAAUGCAGUUUACAACCUGCUUAUGUUUCACGAGAGCAAAUCCACUGUCUGCAUAUCUGCACAUUAUCUUUAUUUGUCAUCGUAAAAUGCCUCAGUAGCUUCUUAUAUUUUUAUGGAGCGGCCUGUUUGAGCAUGCCUGCCAUUGUGGUGAAGAACCUAAUACAGUAGUUUAGCAUGCUUGUUCCUCUCCUGUAAAGACGACCAGCUGAACCAAAAUAUCUUUGCAAUGCCAGGACAGCGGUGAGCUUUUGCGAGUGGGUUAAGAAUAGAUCGACAAUGGGGCUCACGCCUGUCUUCUGUUUUCUGAGGACAGACGGUUGUCUGCAGGGGACAGAGGAAGAGGGACUGGGUGAGAGAAUUGGAGUGUCAUGCUGCCCACCUGGAAGCCAACGUGAUCCUUUGUGGAAAGGGUAGAGGAGAGACAAGAAGUGGAUAGGAAGUGGAGUGCUGACUCAAUGAUUUUAGCCUUUGGUCCGAAACUGGAGGACCUGACGAUUUUGGAGGCCCUUGAGCACAGCAGACAUGGCGGGAUCAAGUGCCUCAGAGGUGCUUUUUAUCUCUGUCAAUCACAGCAUCACUUUAAUGGGAAAGGUGUGGCUCAUCGUGAUGAUCUUCCUCCGUGUCCUGAUCCUCCUCUUCGCCGGUUAUCCUCUCUACCAGGAUGAGCAGGAGAGAUUUGUGUGCAACACCAUCCAGCCUGGUUGCGCCAACGUGUGCUACGAUCUGUUUUCUCCCGUUUCACUCUUCCGCUUCUGGCUGGUGCAGCUUGUCAUCGUGUGCAUCCCUUACAUCCUCUUUGUCAUCUACGUGGUCCAUAAGGUGUCCAACGCCCUCACGGUGGAGCUGAACUCCCAGAAACAAACCAAAUCCUUUCAGCUGUUCAGAAUCCGACAGGAGCCGUUCAACAAGUUGCCUCUCGCGGUAGAGCAGCGAGGGUGGGCCCGGUCCUUCAGUGGAGCCUACAUCCUCCAUCUGAUGUUCAGGACUCUGCUGGAAGCAGGCUUUGGAGCAGCUCACUACUAUCUGUUUGGUUUCUACAUCCCCAGGAGGUUUCUGUGCCAGCAUGCUCCGUGCACAACCCAGGUGGACUGCUACAUCUCCAGGCCCACUGAGAAGACUGUGAUGCUCAACUUUAUGCUCGGCAUGGCCGCUCUGUCCUUUUUCCUGAAUGUGCUGGAUUUUAUCUGCGCCGUCAAGCGCUCAGUGAGACAGAAGAGCAAGAGGAAGAUGAUGGUGGAGAAAAUACUAGAAGAGGAGCAAUGCUUCCUUUCAGCAGGAGGAGUGUCUAGGGGCAACGACCAAGAGCAGGAAGCACAAGACGGGCAAGAGGGGGGUUUCCGGAAGAGGAGAGGCAGCAAGGGGUCUUGUGGAGUAGGGAAACGCGAUUUAGCUCAGGAACCUCCAUCCAUGGAGCGCUACUCUCUUCCUCGUUCUCUCGGCCCGCUGGGCUGCACCAUGAACGGUAACAAUGCCGAGUCGGUCUCCCAGGAGGAGGCUCCAGAAAGGGCCGGCAGCGAGGUGGCUCUCUGUCCCCUGGAGCCCAUGGGGACGCCCAGAUCUAUUCGUGUUAGCAAACGGGGCCGACUCAAACCUCCACCCCCACCCAGACGUGACCUUGGUUUUCCCUCUGUGGGGCCAUCUGCCCCGGUGGGAGAUAUUUCCACGGCAACAGCAAUCUGUACCAGGAAGGUGGGCCAGUACACGCUGGUUGAGGUUGGCUGCAGCGCAGAGCUGCAGACGGGUGACAACGGGCAGGAGAAAAGAUCCGAGUGGGUCUGACUUUAAUACUGUUGGAACCAUAUGAAGCAACAACAAUUUUACCACGUGACUGACCUGUCAGCCUGAGAAGAAUCUAUAAUGGCAUUACAUUCACCAGACACCUAUUGCCAUGAUUUUUUUUUAUCAUACCAUCGGGCUGCAUCUCCUUUUUGCAGCACUGGUCCAGUGAUGCAAAGUGACAAGAAUUCAGCAAAUCUCUGAACAAAGCAAGUCAGGAAUGACAGUGAACUCAAGCCCUAACUGUCAUUCAGCAAACCCAAUCCCUGAAACAAUCUAAAAGAGGGCAGCACACCUGUUGUUUGUUUUUUUCUUUCUCCCCAUGAUGCUAUUACCCCUUUUAUAAACAAAGGGAGGCCCCACCCCACCUGACUGACUUUAUUUACUGUGUCAGGGUCCCAGGGGUCAAAGCAGACAUGAGCAGCCUCUGGGCGACCUUUUGGAACGAGAGAGUCGGGCCUAAAUGAAAGGCAGUAAUCUCACUAAGUUGCUGUUACCACACGUAGACGACAGAAAAGGAUUCCUCCACAGCAGUGAAGGACACCGUGAAGGCCGAUAUAAGAUCACAAAGCAAUUAUGUUCUCCCAUAGGGGCUCUGUAUUUAUGGAGACAGCUUGUCACUCUAUUUCAGGGCCUCGCGGAGCUUAGAAGGAAUACAAACCUUAACAUGGGCUGACACUAGAAAUAGAGCACAGCGGAGCCCUGCAAAGGAGGACUGUGUGCUGCCCUUCAGGUUAUCUGUGCUCAGCUUUGUUUUCCCUUUGAUCAAAGCUCAGGUUAACGUGUGCCAGAAACUAGCAAACUGCUGCGACACAUAUCAAUCACGGAAAUUAUGAUAACAUGAAAUGUGACCCUUUUUUUUCUUCAACUCCCCAGGUGAAUUCACAUGGAGGUCAAGAGUCUCCCACAGUAAAUCAGCUGCGUUGCUCUUGAUUAUGUGUCGCUGUCGCUGAGGGGCCAGCCUUUGUGGAAAUGGAUAGCUCUUGAUCUUUGUCCUCUUGUGGUUUUUUUGAUGAUGACAACAAAAGCUCCAACCCUCAUUUCUCACCUAGCUACAGACUGCGACCACGGGGAGGGGAGGGUUCAUCAGACCAACGUCAAAGGGAUUCUUAACUCUUAAUGUAAAAUGAUGCAUAGUGAAUCCUACAGUUCAAAUAUUUCACAUUAUAAUCUUGUGUUUACAUAGUGUGUCUGGAAAGUAUUCACAACGCUUCACUAUUUCCAUAUUUGUUCCAACAUCUGAGUGAUUGGGAUAAAAGGGUCUUAGUCAGGGAGGUGACCAAAAACCUGAUGGUCACUCGAGCAUUGCUCUGCAGCACUCCACCAGUCAGGCUUGUAUUGUAAAUGGUAAAUGGACAAGUUCUUAUAUAGCGCUUUUCUACUCUUUCUGAGCACUCAAAGCGCUUUAUACAACUAAUUCAUUCACCCAAUCACACCCAUUCACACAAGCACUUUUUUCUGAGCUCUUAAGUGCUAAGUAUCUAUCAUUCAUACACUCCGAUGGACACAUCGGAGAGCAACAUGGGGUUAGUAUGCAGACUGGAGCAGCCUGGGUUAGUGGCUGACCUGCUCUGCCACCUGAGCUACAGGUGCAGUUUGCCAAAAGGCACCUGAAGGAUGGUGUGAUGAAACAAAGACUGAACAAAGAGCUGGACAUCAGUCGAUCAAUGCCAUGCCCACAGUGAAGUAUGGUGGUAGCAGCAUCAUGCUGUGAGGAUGUUUUUUGACAGCAGGAACUGGGAGACUAGUCAGGGUCGAGGUAAAGAUGAAUGCUGCCUUGAUGAACUUGAACCUGAUUCAACAUCUCUGGAGAGUAAUGAGAACGGCUGUGCACCGCUCCCCAUCCAACCUGACGGAGCUGUUAUUGCUUCCAAAGAUGCUUCAACAAAGUAUUGAGCACAAACUGCCAACGCUUAUAUACAUGUCAUGUUUUUGUCUUUUAGUUUUAAUAAAUAUGCAAGAAUUUCAAGCAAACGUUUCUUUUACUUUGUCAUUAUGGGGAAUUGUGUGUAGACUUUUGAGGUGACAUGACAAAAUGUGGAAGAAGUGAAGCUCUGUGAACACUUUCUGGAUGCACUGUAACAUAAACAUUGAUUGCAAUCACUGCCUUUUUUCCCUUUAUAAUAUCAAAUGAAUUAAUAUCCAGUCAGUGUGGAUUUCUUUUUCAUGUGAGAAUUCAUGUUUGUGCUUUAAGCUUUUCUUAGAUUUUUAUGUUGCACUUGCUCAUUAGCAGUUCUGAUUUUCUAUUAAAAUUGUGAUGACGCUGAAGGCAAACAGCACUGUAUUGUUCCUCCUUCCCAAUGUGCUGUAUUCGCUGCACCAGCACUGUACUCUGAAAUCUUGCUGCCCUCCAGUGACGCAGAAUGUGAAAUACUGCCUUGGUGUACGGUAAUGUCAAAUGUGCUUAUGUGUUUUUCCCCGAAUUCCCAGAGCUGUAGGCAUGCUGUUCAUUUUCAGUUAUAAAACCACAUUAUUGUACUGAAAGAGUAGGAAAAAACAAAUUACUUCUGUUUUCAUUGAUUAUCUCAAAAUAGCUUGUUUUAUAGAUAUUUAUUUUGAAAGACAUAAAAUUAGAAGUUACUAAAACUACUCCCUACCUGAAUAUACCUGAAUAUACCUGAGUAUACCGUACACCACACUGGACCAUUAGACUUGCUACAGUUAUGUGAAACGUGUAUUAUGCUACUGUGAACAUUUAGUAGCAUCUGCUGCAAUGAAACAUUGAAAUGUGAAAGUGGCUUUUUCUUCUUUUUGUUUGCUACUACUGUUGUCUCGAAAAAUAAAAAGCUAAU